AUGGCUCUAACAAAUGCUUUUACUCAAAAGGUUGAUCGUGUUGCAGACAUCAAUGCAACGAAACUGGCCUGGAAUUUAGUUGUUGGAGUUGUUCGUUUGUACGAAAUUCCUAGCUCAUGGAAUCCCACAGAUGUAUGCAGCUUAGAAUUGGUGCUCCAGGAUGAAAUGGGUGAUCGUAUACAUUGCUCCAUUCCGAAGGCAAAUGUGGUGGUCUUUAAGACAGUUGUUCGUGAGUUUGGAAUUUACUCAAUGAGAAAUUUCAUUGUUCAGCCAAAUUCAAAAGGUGUGAGGACAACUUCACACAAGUUCAAGCUAAGUUUUUAUAUGAAAACUUCUGUCAGUACUCUCUCCAGUGAGACCUUUCAAUUGAAUCCUUUCCGAUUCGUCUCCUUUACUGAAAUUGAAGCAGUUGAUGUUGUUAAUUUGAAUAUCCUCCUAGAUUGUGUUGGUCACAUUGUUGGAAAGGAGGAUGUUAGACCAAUGGUUACAAAAUCAGGUCAAGAAAGUAAAUGCAUGGCACUAUACCUGGAGGAUCUUGAGAAAAAUAAGAUCAAGUGUACUAUAUUUGGUGAAAUGAUUGGUAAGUUAACUCCAUUUAUCAAUAAGGAUGAUGGUGAGCCACUGAUCUUGGUCGCUCAACUCUUCAAGCCAAAUCAGUACCUCAAUCAGAUUAAUAUUCAGAAUAGUCUUUAUGCCUCGAGAGUGUUCCUGAACCCUGAUUUUCCUGAUGUUGUUGCAUUCAAGAAUCGCCUACUGAAAGAAGGUAACAUUGGAUCCCAACGAAUUAAUCACAUAGAGACCCAACAUCAGUAUUCUGUGAGUGAUGAACUUUCGGGAGGUUCCUUUCCAAUCAAUACAAUUGAAGAAGUUUUGAACAUGACUUAUGAAGUCUCCACUUGGGUUUUAGCCGCUAUAGUGUCUGUUGAUGUUGGCACCCGCGAUUGGUAUUAUGCCUCGUGUAAGAAUUGUCCUAGAAAAGUUGUGGAGAAUAAAGGUCGAUAUUACUGUGAGCAUUGUCGAAAAGUGGGAUUUAAUGCUCCAUUGAGGUAUCGACUUAAUGUUGUAGUCACUGAUGGGACUGGAUGCAUUAAUAUAAUGCUUUGGAAUCAAGAGGCAAAAAUCAUUCUCGAAAAAUCUGCUAAUGACAUAAGGGAUCUAAUGAAAAAUCUGACCUCUGUGGACCAAGCUUAUAAUGCUGUUAAGAUUAGUGAUGAUGAGGCACUGAUUGAUCUCUAUUCAUCCCACGGUUCUUCCAUAGAUAUUGGAGGGGUUGAACAAGGCCUUUCAAAUGUAGUGUCUACAACUGGAAAUAAUGACCUUGACUUAGAUGGGAAUGGAGCUGCUAUUGUUUCACUAUCAAAGGAUUCUGGUAUUGAGAGCAUCUUUGAAAGCGGGUUAGAUACUCCUGGUAAAUGUGUUAUAGCAGAUUCUGCUCCAAGCUUGGGUGUUAGUGGACUUACUAAUCCGGAAGGCCAGGGAUCCAGUAACAAGACUUUCAAACGUGGUUCUACCAAGAGGAAAAUUGAGUGA